AUGAGGGUUUUCAUCUCUUUUGAGGGAUCUUUUGAACCUUUUGAUGUUUUGGCAGAGGACACAGUAAGAGCUGUGAAGCUGAUGAUUAAGGAUUACUUCCAUAUUCCACUAUCUGAGGAUAAACAAGGCAAGAUGUACCUACAACUGAUGUAUGCUGGAGCUGUGCUAAAUGAUGACUGGAGUCUUGCUGAUAUAGGAAUAUCACUUGGUGCAAAUCUCAAGUGCUUGGUCAAGAAAGAAAACAAACCAACCCUCUACAUCUACAAUGCAGUAACUCAAAAAACAAUGCCAAUAAUGGGGAGCAUUUACCUUCUUGGUAAAAAAGUGUCGUAUCUGAAAACACUGAUAACCCUGAGAUGUGGCUUUCCAGUGAGUAUCUUCUGUCUCCGGACUCCUCAAGGAAGGGAGAUGUAUGACUGUAAUACACUGAUUGAUUACCAAACAGAUAUAGGAACAACACUUCGCUUAGAUGUAUGGGACGGGUGGAAAGAAUUUCUGACUGGCUGUCUCCAAGGACAAAAGCUUAAAGUCCAACAGUAUCUAUCAGAAGAGGAACCAGUACUCAAGUACCAGAAGAGGGUAGCACUUUAUAUGGCUGCAUUUUAUGGAUAUAUUGAGCUCACAGAGUGGACCCUACAGCAAGGGGCAAGGCCCAAUGAAGCAGUUGGCGUACAUCCCUACCGAGAAUGGUGUCAUGAAACUUAUCAUCCAGAUACUGUCAAAUGUCCCGUUCAUGCAGCUGCAGAAACAGGCCAAUUAUUGGUACUUAAGGCCUUUAUCAAUUACAAUGUCUUGUGCCUGGACUGUAAAAAUGCAGUGGGACAAAUCCCACUGAUGAUUGCCCUCAAACACAAGCAUAAAGACUGUGUACUAUAUUUGGUGGCUAAGAUGUGGUCCAUGGUUUCUUAUUCUAAAAUUUCUAUCCCCAUGAGGAUCUAUAUUAAAAUAAAACAAUGGCUUCUCAGAGCUCAGCAUCACAUCCUUCAGAGAAGACACCACAAUGGGACUCAGGUGUUCAGAACUCGAGUUGGAGAUUUUGUCAUGGUGGAUGGCUUCACCCAACCAAAAAUGACCUCCAAAGAAUGGAGUAAAGCUGGGAACAAGGGCAUAAAAAGCAAUGUUCCCAAACUGCCAAGUUGCCAUGAAAAAACCCAAAGCAGGAAAACCUCAGAUCCUUUGACAGUUCCACAGCAGCAGCAAAGUGUGGGAAGCGUAAAAUUGCCUCCAAUAAAAGAAACAAAUGAGUUCUCAAGAUUACAAGAAUGUUACUCAAACAACCAGAAAAAAAAGAUGGCUACAUCUAGAAAAAAUGAAGUGAUGACAACGAAUCUGUACUCAGCCCAAGUUCCUCUUCCUUCACUUGCAACUAGGGGCUAUUCACACCCUCCUUUUUACUAUGUGACACCUAAGGCAGCCCGUUUCCUAACUUCAUCCCUUGAAUCUUUCUUGGAACACAGUGGGAAGACUGCAAGAGAGAACGCAAUCUACUGCUUAGCUACUGCAAGUGCGUUUAAAGAAAAACGAUGGCUUCAGCAGUUAGAAAUUGCAAAGACCAUGGCAAAGAAGAGUAUUUAUAAUCUAACUACUGAAGGCCCAACUUCCAAAUGAAGAUCUGCAGGAGGCUUUCCUUUGAAAAGGGAAAACCCCAUUCAUUUGUGUCUCUACAGUGUAGACAUAAUUCCUCAUUUCUAAUGCCAACAAACCUCAUGCAGCAGCAGGGGGGAAGGGCUCAUAAACAGCUAAAGAGUCUCUGACAUUCAAUACUGUGACCUCUGAAUGUUGGCGACUUGAAUCACCAAAUCACUGAUGCUCCUAGUUGGAAGGGGCAUCAGAAACCAUGCAGUUCAAUCAUGUCUGAACAAAAAUCCCUGGUACCACCAGACAGGGUUUUGCUCAGUCUGAAGAAUCCCAGAAACUCCCUAGCCCCUCAGGUGGUCAAUUUUACUUUUAGAGAGUUCUUAUUAACAAGUUUUUCCUUAUAUUGAGCCCAAAUCUGCCUCUUUACUCAUUCAAUUAAUUUUAUCAGUUCUGACUUCUGAAGCAAAGUAGAGAAAAUCUAGUCCGUCUCCCAUUUUAUUGUUUUAAUACUUGGAGAUAGCUGUCAUCCCUCCAAAAUCUUCUUUUCAACCAAUUGUUGAAUGCUGCUGGCUUUGCUUGACCCUGGAGCUAUGAAUUGGCUGAGGACAAUUGAAACUAGUUAAAAGAGGACUAUCAGACCAGUUUAGAUAAGAAUGUUGAAUGCAGACAUCAGAAGGGGCUACCUGACUUUGAUCCCAGCUGACCCCACAAUUGGAGCAGGUCCAAACUGGUUUACCCUAUUGCUACACAGGGAGCCUGAGCCUGCAAUUCUGGCCAGAUGUCACCCCUCCCACCAGCUUUCCUGGCCUUCUCUAUGGACUUUUGAUUGUUAUGCAAAACAACUUAUGUAACAGCUUCUUAAGGCUGUGCCUCCUAUGAGACUCCCUCCCAGUUGAAAUGUAUUUAACCCUGUACCCCCUGCCCCUCUUGGGCACUCCAGUUCCCUGGUGCCCUGUGGUAAUCCUGAAUUGCA